AUGUCGUUGCCAAGACGUUUACAGGAGACAUUUUCCCCCGAAGAGGUUCAGUUUAUUGUUGAGAACCAGAAGAUUAAGAUAUUUCCACGUAUUACAACUAGUAAAAGACGAAGUGGGAAUGGGUCACAUAGUAGCAAUAGUGAUGAUGAUAUGAGCAGAUGGAGGAUGUUAACUAUGGAUGGACAUGAGUUGGAGAAUAUGAUCGUGAUGAAAUCGACAGAAGUGACGUUGUGGUUAGCGUUGUUAUUGAAACAACAAUCUAAAUGUAAUAUCAUUAUCCCGGAAUGGCUUACGGUGAAAGGCCUUGACCUCAUGUUACAAUAUGAGAAGAGGAAUAUUCAGCGAUUCAGUGCUCUCCCGUGGGAUUGGCUGGUGGUCUCAGAGAUCUUAUUCAAACAGGCAGCAGAUGAUUUUAACGAUCCUAUUUACGAGUUGAGAAAUAGAAUACAAGAUCUGAAAGAAAUUAGACAGAUGAAAGUGUUACAAGGUUUGAAAAAUUUAAAUGAGUCUCAUAUGCAAUUAGAUAAUUUAGGUUUGUUGGAGAUUAAUGAAUUGAGACCGUUUAUUGUUGAAGUCAUGGACAAAUUGAGACAGAUACAUGCCUCUGUUCUGGAUACCACUGAGACAGAACCUCAGGAUUAUGACGACGAUAAAGAUAUUGGUAUGGGAACAAGUAUAUCUUCGAAUAGAGAUACAUCUUCUAGUGGGCUGCCAAACGCCAUGUCAUUCUAA